AUGUCCAAGCCAGCAAUCGGUUUCGUCGGCCUGGGAGCCAUGGGCUUCGGCAUGGCCACCCACCUUGUCAAGCAGGGCUACCCAGUCCAUGGCUUCGACGUCUUUCCAGCUUCCGUGGAGCGCUUCAAGGCCGCUGGCGGCAUCCCUGCUUCGUCGCUACGUGAAUCAGCCGAGGGCAAAAGCUACUACGUCGUGAUGGUUGCCUCAUCGCCGCAAGCGCAGUCUGUUCUCUUCGCUGAGGACGGUAUAGUGCAACACCUCCCACCAAACGCUGUCCUCAUGCUCUGCUCCACUGUGUCCUCCAUGUACGCCCAGUCCGUCGUCACUGAGCUUCAGAACCGCGGCCGCAGCGAUAUCCGGUUCGUCGACUGCCCCGUCUCCGGAGGCGCGCUGCGCGCGGCCAACGGGACGCUAUCUAUCAUGGCCGGCGCGUCAGACGAAGCCCUUGCGGCGGCGCGCGAUCUCCUGCAGGAAAUGUCCGACGAGAACAAGUUAUACCUGGUCCCUGGUGGCGUCGGGGCUGGGAGCAAUAUGAAGAUGGUGCAUCAGGUCCUGGCCGCGAUCCACAUCCUCGGGGCUAGCGAAGCCCAGGGCUUCGCGGCGCAGCUUGGUCUUGAUGCCCGCGCCACGGCAGAGAAGAUCCAGUCCUCGGACGCAUGGACAUGGAUGCACGAGAACCGCUUCCCCCGAAUGGUGGAAGAGGACUGGAAUCCUGGCGUCAGUGCCUUGACCAUUAUCUUGAAAGAUGCUGGAAUCAUCACCACAACAGCCCGCCAACAGCGCUUCCCCAGCCCUCUCUGCUCCACUGCAGAGCAGACGUACAUCUCCGCUCUGCUCCAUGGUUGGGGCCCUAAAGACGACUCGGCCAUGGUCCGACAGUACUAUGCCAAGCCGCUCUCAGACGUAACCCCCUGCACCGACGCUGAAGCGGCGACCGAGCUGGUCUUGGAUUACAUGCGAGGUGUUAACCUCGUUGCUGCUGCAGAGGCCGUUGCAUUCGCACGGUACCUCAAUGUCGACCUCUCGAUGUUCCAUGUCCUUGUCAGUCAAGCGGCCGGAGCCAGCAAGAUCUUCAUCGAGCAGGGGUUGGAGAUGAUCGAAGGGCGCAUUGGCGACAAGGCUCCCGCGGGGUCACCGACCGUCGACCAGGUCGCGACGAAGCUGGAGUCCGCUGUACAGAAGGCGCGGGAUCUGCACUGUCCGCUGCAUCUGGGGAACGAGGCGUUGAACCUGCUUUUCAUGGCGCAGCGGCAUGGAUGGGGUGACCAGAGCAGUACGAGUGUGAUUCGGGUAUAUGGCCAGUAG